GUGUCGAGCGGCGGUUCUGUAGUCAUUGCUGAUAAAGUUGGCGGAAGAGAGGCAGAUGCUGGCGCUGGUGACUUUACUGUAGGCUCGAGCGGUACUGACGGUGGUCGUGUCGAUGACAUAGUUGACGGAAGAGAGGCAGAUGCCGGCACCGACGAGUCUAAUGCCGGCGAUUUCUUUGGGACGUCUGAUAACGAUGCUUGUGGCAUAGGCUGUGAUGGUAAUGAAGUUUCCGGUGGUGCUGCAGGGUGGGCUGAUGUUUUUGAUGAAGGUGAAGUAAGGGGUGAUGGUGUUGCUGACCGGCUUAGUGAAAUUCGUGCUGGUGACAGCGAAGAUGCUAAGUCUUUUGACGAAAAUGGCUUAGGUGGCCCUAGGGACGCCAGGGAUGCAAAUUCUGGUAAUUCUUUAACAGAUGUUGUUCGUGGCUCGAGUGGUGCUGACGGUGUCGGUGUUCGUGACGACGACAUAGUUCGCAGAGUUGAUUCGUCAAGCAGCGGUUCUGUAGUCAUUGCUGAUGAAGUUGGCGGAAGAGAGAAGGACGCUGGCGCCGAUGACUUUACUGUAGGCUGGAGCGGUACUGGCGGUGGUCGUGACGAUGACAUAGGCUGCAGAGUUGAUUUGUCAAGCGACGGUUCUGUAGUUACUGGUGGUGAAGUUGACGGGGCAGAGGCAUAUGCUGGCGCCGAUGACUCUACUCUUGCCUCGAGUGGAACUGACGGUGGUCGUGACGAUGACGUAGGCUGCAGAGUUGAUUUGUCAAGCAGUGCUUCUGUAGCUAUUGAUGGUGAAGUUAGCGGGACAAAGGCAAAUGCUGGCGCCGAUGACUUUACUUUUGCCUCGAGUGGUACGGAGGGUGGUCGUGUCGAUAACAUAGGUCGCAGGGUUGAUUUGUCAAGCGGCGGUUCUGUAGUUACUGGUGGUGAAGUUGGCGGGACAGAGGCAUAUGCUGGCGCCGACGAUUUUACUGUUGGCUCGAGUGGUACUGACGGUGGUCGUGACGACGACAUGGGCCGCAAAGUUAGUCUGUCAAGCGAUGGUUCUGUAGUAACUGCUGAUGAAGUUGUCUGGACAGAGGCAGAUGCUGGUGCCGGUGACUUUACUGUUGCCCCGAGUGGUACUGACGGUGGUCGUGUCGUUGACAUAGGCUGCAGAGUUGAUUUGUCAGGCAAUGCUUCUGUAGCUAUUGAUGUUAUUGCUGGUGAAGUUAGCGGGACAGAGGCAGAUGCUGGCGCCGAUGACUUUACUGUUGCCUCGAGUGGUACUGAAGGUGGUCGUGUCGAUGACAUAGGUCGCAGAGUUGAUUUGUCAAGCGAUGGUUCUGUUGAUAGUGCUGUUGAAGUUGGCGGGACAGAGGAUGAUGCUGGCGCCGAUGACAUUACUGUAGGCUCGAGCGAUGCUGACGCUGGUCGUGACGAUGACAUAGGCCGCAGAGUUAAUCUGUCAGGCGAUGGUUCUGUAGAAACUGCUGAUGAAGUUGUCAGGACAGAAGCAAAUGCUGGUGCCGAUGACUUUACUCUUGCCUCGAGUGGUACUGACGGUGACGAUGAGAUAGGACGCAGAGUGGAUUUAGCAACUGUUGUUACUGCUGAUGAAGUUGACGGAAGAGAGGCAGGUGCCGGCACCGACGAGUUUAAUGUUGGCGAUUUCUUUGGGACGUCUGAUAACGAUGCUGGUGGUGAAGUAAAGGCUGAUGGUGUUGCUGACCGGCUCAGUGAAACCCGUGCUGGUGACAGCGAAGAUGCUAAGUCUUUUGACGAAGAUGGUUUAGGUGGCCCUAGGGACGCCAGGGAUGCAGAUUCUGGUAAUUCUUUAACAGAUGUUGAUCGUGGCUCGAGUGGUGCUGACGGUGUCGGUGUUCGUGACGACGACAUAGGUCGCAUAGUUGAUUCGUCAAGCGGCGGUUCUGUAGUCAUUGCUGAUGAAGUUGGCGGAAGAGAGGGGGAUGCUGGCGCCGAUGACUUUACUCCUGUCUCGAGUGGUACUGACGGUGGUCGUGACGACGACAUAGGCCGCAGAGUUGAUCUGUCAAGCGAUGGUUCUGUAGUAACUGCUGAUGAAGUUGUCUGGACAGAGGCAGAUGCUUGCGCCGGUGACUUUACUGUUGCUUCAAGUGAUACUGACGGUGGUUGUGUCGUUGACAUAGGCUGCAGAGUUGAUUUGUCAAGCGAUGGUUCUGUUGCUACUGAUGGUGAAACUGGCGGGACAGCGGCAUAUGCUGGCGCCGAUGACUUUACUCUUGCCUCGAGUGGUACUGACGGUGGUCGUGACGAUGAUAUAGCACGCAGAGUGGAUUUGGCAACUGUUGUUACUGUUGAUGAAGUUGGCGGAAGAGAGGCAGGUGCCGGCACCGACAAGUCUAAUGUUGGCGAUUUCUUUGGGACGUCUGACAACGAUACUGGCGGUGGAGGCGGUGAUACCGAUGAAAUUUCCGGUGGUGCUGCAGGAUGGGCUGAUGUCUUUGGUGAAGGUGAAGUAAGGGGUGAUGAUGUUGCUGACCGCCUCUGUGCAGCCCGUUCUGAUGACAGCGACGAUGGUGAAGAUGACCGAGGCGGAUGCUGA